AUGCUCCGCGAUUCAGACCGCAUCUUCACCAACCUCUACGGUGCCCACGACUGUGGGCUGGCCGGCGCCCGCGCGCGGGGCGAUUGGGACGGCACGGCGGCGUUGAUGGCCAAGGGCCAUGACUGGAUCAUCGAUCAGAUCAAGGAGUCCGGGCUGCGCGGGCGCGGCGGCGCCGGCUUCCCGACGGGGCUCAAGUGGUCCUUCAUGCCGAAGGAGGAGGCCCCCGGCCGGCCCUACUACCUCGUGGUCAAUGCCGACGAGAGCGAGCCCGGCACCUGCAAGGACCGGGACAUGAUGCGCCACGAUCCGCACAAGCUGAUCGAGGGGUGCCUCAUUGCAGGCUUCGCCAUGCGGGCGCAUGCCGCCUACAUCUACAUUCGCGGCGAGUUCUACGACGAGGCGGUCGCGCUCCAGGCGGCGAUCGACGAAGCCUACGACGCGGGCCUGAUCGGCAAGAACCCGUGCGGCACCGACUGGCCCUUCGACGUCUACCUGCACCGCGGCGCCGGUGCCUACAUCUGCGGCGAAGAGACCGGGCUGCUGGAGAGCCUCGAAGGCAAGCCGGGCAAGCCCCGCCUCAAGCCGCCGUUCCCAGCGGCGGUCGGGCUCUACGGGUGCCCGUCGACGGUUAACAAUGUCGAGACGAUUGCCGUCGUGCCCACGAUCCUGCGGCGCGGCGCGGAAUGGUUCGCCGGCAUCGGCCGGCCCAAGAACACCGGCACCAAGGUCUUUUGCAUCUCCGGCCACGUCAAUCAGCCGUGCAACGUGGAAGAGGAGAUGGGCAUCCCCAUGCGCGAGCUGAUCGAGAAGCACGCGGGCGGGGUGCGCGGCGGCUGGGAUAAUCUGCAGGCAGUGAUUCCCGGCGGUGCCUCGGUACCGCUGCUGCCGAAGUCGAUCUGCGACGAGGUGCUGAUGGACUUCGAUUCGCUGAUGGGCGUGAAAUCCGGCCUCGGCACGGCGGCGGUGAUCGUGAUGGACAAGUCGGCCGACGUGGUCGAGGCCAUCGCCCGGCUCUCCCACUUCUACAUGCACGAGAGCUGCGGCCAGUGUACCCCCUGUCGCGAAGGCACGGGCUGGGUCUACCGCGUCAUGCUGCGCCUCAUCAGGGGCGAGGCGUCGGUCGGAGAGAUCGACCUGCUGUGGGACGUGGUAGGCCAGAUCGAGGGACACACCAUCUGCGCGCUCGGCGACGCGGCCGCCUGGCCGGUGCAGGGGCUGAUCCGCCACUUCCGGCCCGAGCUGGAGCGGCGGAUCCUCGCCGCGAAGGUGAGCGGCGGUGACGCUGCCGCUACCGCCGCAGCCGCGGCCUGA